GAGGCGCAGAAGGUCGCCAACGGCAGUGGCAGUGAGCAAGAUAUCGCGGAGGCUAAGAUCGAAUUGGAGGUUCUGGAGAGCUUGCAAAAUGUUCUGAAAUAGACUGUAUAAAGCAUAGUUAUCACGCAACAACACUGUACAUCAGCAUAAUUCCCUACAAUUCUCGAGAGCGAAUAAACAAGGUUUUGAGUGUCUGGGUGCUACACGCUUGCGGUUUCCAUCCAUCGUGAAUGCGCCUACCUGCCAUGCCCAUCGCUACUAACCGACCCAGGUUUGUCGAAAGUCACUACUGACCCGUGCUAACAGGUCUUCCGACGAAGUCACUUAAAUUAUCAACUCUUCGAUCUCUGAUUAUACCAGCAAAUAGCGCAACAGUGCCGUUCUCGGCUCUUGAUGCGGUAGAUAUAUCCCUAACGCCACAUACUUAGCCGGAUAAUGAUGCGCUAUUCUGAUUCAGCUUUAAGCAUCUCGAAAUAAUUUUCGCAAUGUCUUUACGCCCAUCAAGAUACGCGGCUAAGAACCGGACCAGCAAGAGUGGAUCUCCUAAUUCAGAGGUCCCACUCCCCUUUGGUACCGUACAAUCAAGGGCUCGUCGUUUUCACCUAAUUUCCAGCCCGGGCAAUUCAUCUGAAUAUGCCACCUCUGGCGAACGUCAGGGUGUGCAGGCAUCGGUCGGUUGGAAACGUCCGACAUACUCCCAGCUCACCAAAUAUUCAGCGCAAUCCCUCGACGACAUUCCUGAUUUUCGCACACCCCCCGCUACGCAGUCAUCUGUGUUUCACAGCUGUGGUCGGCAUGAAUAUGGCGAGCAGCGUCGGGAAUCUAGAGCUCGGACACAGCCCUUUUUGCAACCAUCUUGUCGAAAGAGUUUCUCUAUGGGUCACUUAUGCAACAAAUUUGGGCUCACGGAGAUUCACUCAUCUGAUGGGCGGCAUGCUUCUAACGCUAACAAGGGAUCGACCCUCAGACCAAUCAAUCUUACCUUGCCAGCUCCCACCUAUGAAGCACCACCCUUCGUAAAUCCCCUAGCUCCCACCAAGGAGCCGCAGGACAUACCAUUUGUUCCUCCCAACUCACAUAGAACGCCAAGAAUGGAGAAGUGGAGGUCAGCUCGAGAUAUGUUUGCGCAGUACGAUAUCAAUAUGCCCUCAGGCUGGCUUUCAGACGUGGAGGACCUAUCUCUCUCUGGGGAUGGAAAUGCCAGCCCCCGAAGAUGUUGCAGAUACUGUCACAUCUGCUCAACCCCUACUUGGGCUCCCACCCACUGCUCCGCCUGUGGGCACCAUCUUUGUCAAAGGUGUGUUUGUGAGAUCUCAAGUGGUACUCCGCAGGCUCAUCCCGGCUUCUCGCACCAUCCAAGUCCUACUAUAAUAAGAGACGGUUCGCAUCAUAUCAUUACUUCCAAGCCAAACCAGCACUUGGAUCAAGCCGAAACAACUUCUUCUACUUCUAACAGGCGACAUCAUGAGUACCCAGACCGACACCAUCAUCGAUCUUCCAGUUAUCGAGAUGACUCUAGUUGGCGAAACAGAAACCAGGCGCAUGCAGUCAAAACAACAACGCUUCGAGAGAAAUCUUCGCAACCCGCAAGACACGACUUGCGAACGAAUGAAGAGCCUUCUCAACAGGCACUAAGCCGACCCAAACAGCUCGUUAGGGAGAAUCCGUUUUUGGUCAGGGAUAGAAAAGGUCCAGGACACGAGAUGGAGGAAGGUGUUUCUGUAUGUGACACCAACCAGGUGGAUUGUGACGACCCAAUGUGUAGAGCGACCCAUGCCGGACAUCAUCCUUUUCGACACAGUGUUUCUUGUCCUAAACAUCAGGGUAAGCGGAGGAGCCCAGCGUUAGAGCCUGAUAGUUUUCCAGAUAGGCCACCUGUGGCUAAAGUGUUCAAGACAAUUGAUUCUGAUACGAGCCUCCCACCAGAUCAGGCACAUACGACUCAUCGCCACCACACUGCUGAUUUUCACAGUUCUAAUCAUAUCGUAGAACAUCUUUCAUCUGCUGUCGGCCAUAGCGCCUAUGAUCUCCUCAACGGGCGUGGUGCGAAAGAGAUUCAGUCAACGCCAUCCUCCCCAAAGAGAAACAUGAAACCAAUUUCGUAUCUUGAGCCGCUUACGCCAGCCAAAUCAGUUACAGAAAUAGAUUCAUUUCAGUGGACACCAGACCCCAUUCCCCGGGGUCAUCCCGGAGGCUUGAAUAACGGGAGGCGUAAACCUUCCACGGCGACAGAAGUUACAGCAAGUGUGUCGGAUCGGUGGGUAUCCGGACCAACAGACAGGAAAACUACGCGCGAGGCAAAAGACGUGAUUUCUGAGGGGUCUGUUAUUCGGGGUGAACAAAGGGAUAUUCACAAUGAUUUGAACGCAUCCAUGGGUGGGCAUGACUACCCGAGAGUUCGGCUAGCCAGCACGCCGUCGUGGCUCAGAAACCCUACCAAGGUACCAGCCGAUGCUACUGCUCCACUUCAUCAUAUCAAUACGAAAAGCCAUAGAACAUAUGAGCACGAGCAUGGGAACCUUUCGAGCGUUACCGUCAAUGGUUGAAGAGGCCAAUCGACCAAUCGUUCCAUAAGCCCUGCUCACAGUACCGACAUGCGAAAAGACGCAAGCCAGGAGUCGACUCACUUGCUCACCUCUUCCCCG